UCUCGAUAUUUAGCAAAAUUUAGAUUGCUUUAUUUUAUACAGGUGGAGCAAGCAGCGCUUGCAGAGGGAGAGGCAGAGGGGGUCACAGCCCACUCCAGCUCCACCGAACUUUGGUUUGCAGCUCCCUUUUAUAGCAUGGUUUCCUUGUAGUCAUCAGUAAUUGUUAUUUUUUGAUGUCAUAAUUUUGCCAGGUCAGCAGUGGUGGUCCGUGGGAUCGCUGGACGAGUCUCUAGGCAAUUUGUCAAGUCCCAUAGAUAACCAUCUGCUCUUGUACUGUCAUUCAGCGUGCCACAGUCCUCCUACUGCCCCUCUAGAAGGAGAGCAUCUCGGAUGAGGCAGUGGCCAAGGGCCAACUAUUAUAAGCUGCAGAAUGCCUCAAGUCCUGGGCAAUAGCAGUUCACAGGAAGAGGCUGCUGUACAUUAUGCAUCAGAAUCAAUUGUCUCCAUUGCUAUCUUCACCAUCGUUUUCGUCAUAGGUAUUCCAGGCAAUGGGUUGGUGAUCUGGGUAGCUGGUCUGAAAAUGAAAAGGUCUGUGAACACUGUCUGGUUCCUAAACCUUGCUGUGGCUGACAUCAUGUGCUGCUUGUCCUUGCCCUUUUCCAUUGUUCACCUGGCCCUCCAUGAACACUGGCCCUAUGGCUGGUUUCUCUGCAAAGUCAUUCCAACAGUCAUAAUCUUCACCAUGUUUGCUAGUGUCUUCCUACUUGUGGCUAUCAGCAUUGAUCGGUGUCUCCUGGUGAUGAAACCUGUCUGGUGUCAGAACCACCGAACAGUGAAAUUUAUAUCGUUAAUAUGCAGUGGCAUAUGGAUGCUGGCCUUCAUUUUUUGCUGCCCUGUCUUCUACUACCGUGAGACAAGCACUUACGAUGGCAAAACGGAGUGUGUGUACAAUUUCGGAGUUGAUGAUUACACAGAUGAUCCUGUAAAUGCAUCUGUAAAUGAGUUAUGGGAGGAAUACUCAAUCUACAAUGUUAGUGACUUGUGGGGAGGUACCGAUGCAGGUAAUGACUCCAUAGCCCUUGCCUCGAUGGUAAUAAACAUCACCAGGGCUGUCUUUGGCUUUGUGCUGCCUUUUGGCAUAAUGGCAGUUUGCUACGCCCUCAUUGUUUUCAGAACACACGCAAAUCAGUUUCACAAGCCACACAAUAGGACACUGCGAACAGUUGUGUUUGUGGUAGCUGCAUUCUUCAUCUGCUGGGCUCCAUACCACGUAGUUGGGAUUCUCCGCAUUGUACCUAGUCUUGGAAGAGGACAGAUGGAGUCGCUGAUCCUGUGGGAUCACCUCUCUACAGCACUUGCAUAUGCCAACAGCUGCAUCAACCCCCCGCUUUAUGUUUUUGUGGGACAGAACUUCAGGGCAAAGGUACGGCAAUCGGUGCAAAGAAUCUUGGAAGGUGCCUUUAGUGAGGAACUCACAUCUUCAACCCUUCACAGAAGCCAGACUUCAGCAGAGAAGAACCUUAGCAGCACCUUGUAAUGCAGGACUUCCUAUCACCACUGCAGAAAGAGCAAGCUAUAGUGCUGCACAUCAAUUACUCUCUGCUUAGGAGGUGGUUUUUCUCCAUUGUUUGUUUAAGCUGCGGCUCCAACCCAAGACACUGCAGUCAUUCAGCUCAUGACAGAUAACUCUUUUUUAUAUCCUAUACUAGAGACAUGGGAAGUUGGAAGCACCAAGACUAAUAAUCUGAGGGAUGACUGGUGAAGCAGAAGACACAGUACUUUAACCUACACAGACUAUUUUAAGAAAGCAGGGCUGGCUACAGAUUAGUGGUGGGAACCACGUAGUUCAACCUCUCAAUUGAGCUAAGAAUAUUACUUUAUUUGCAUAUGUCUGUGUUCUACAUCUCCUGUCUCUGAUAAAGUGCACAUAAAACUAAUUUGGAUAUUGCUUCUUGGAAGGUCAUCACAUCUUUCCUCUGACUCUACUAGGGCUCUGAGGUGUGUAGGAAUAUCUGAAGAUUUCCCUAGAGGCUACUGCUACAUUUCCUUACAGCCAUGCACUAGAACAGCACUUGCUCCAGUCAGCUGCACUGAAGUGACUUUUGUGCCCUGAUAGAUACCCAAUCUAAUUCUUUGUCUUGGCAAAUACAUCACUGUGUGGUAGUAACUGAUCAAUGCACAUGCUGUACCUGUGUUCAUUACCAUAUGCACACUCGCUGUCUCCCCAACACUCCCUCCACCACCAGAGUCCCAAAUUUUUCUUUUAGGAGGCCAUCUGAGA